UUUUUUUUGAAGCGUGUGACAGUGCUCGGGGGAGGUGUAAUUCCCGUGCCUCACGUGGCUCGCGUGGCUAGGAGUGAGUAGUGUUCACCGCACGUUUUGGCGGGGUGAACUGUUUUUGAGAUUCCCAACGCCACCGCCUAGACGGUCGGUUGUACUGAAUGUCUGGAUUAUAGAACCGGGGAAUCUGAGAAUUUAAGUUCCUUGCCUAGACAAGGAACUUCGAGAGGAGACCCACUAAAAAGGAUAACGAACUUCGAGAGGGGACCCACUAAAGUGGACAAGGUUUUCAAGAGAAGACCCUAACAGCGGCAAGGUCCAAGAGCCUUCCUAUGCCUACUCCAUUUUGAGUCUGACGUCCAGAGCGGAGUGCAGUCCGUCGACGUCUUGGAGUGAUAUUCCGGGACCCAGUGUUCGGAAUUCGUAGCAGCUUGGAGUGUUUAUUGUGAUAUUCCGGGACCCAGUGUUCGGAAUACGUAGCAGCGUGGAGUGUGUAUUUCUGGUGUAGCAUUGUGUGAGCGCCAGAUACGGAUAUUCUGGAGGAAUACGCAGCAGCGUGGAAUGUGUAUUAGUGUGUUGCGGGAGUGUGUCGGUGUACCUGCACGCUCACCGUGGACGGACUGAGUGUUCCUGACGCCGAGAUACGUCGGACAUUUUGAUGCUUACUGAAGUGACUCUGGCAGACGGUAACGUAAGUGUAUUUAUAUUCUUUAUCAGGGAGACCUUUGUACUCUGGACAAGGUUCCAGAUUGGUGCUCCGACCUCCAUUAUCGGACUGAUUAGUUACCAAUGUAUUAUUGAUGUUUUGACGAGUGAGAGGUAGAGUUGUGUAUUUUAUGUUUGUGUGUAUAUUAAACAGACGUCCCAACCUGGAAGUGAUCUCGUGUCGUUUUUCGUAAAGAAUGCGCAAGUCCGACGUAAGGUCGUGACAUUUGGUGACCCCGACGUGAUCACUUCAGGGAGGGAUAGUCUCUUUGUAUCCAAGUGUUUAGAAGUUUGUACACACGUCGCUCAGAAGUCGUAUGUACGUUUAUUAGAAGUUUGUAUACAUGUUCGAGAAGUUGCAUGUAUAAAAGUUGAUGAGAAGAAGUCGAAUACCCGUGGAAUUAGAAGUGGUAUACGAGUUGGUAAUAGAAUUUGGUAUCAGAAGUUGUGUACACGGUUGGCAGUCAGCCAAAUUUAUGUAUUUUGAAGUUUUCGUCUCUGUGUUUAUCCCGUCUCCGAUUACACGGGUCUGCCGGCUUGUAUAGUUCAGCCGACAGAGAGGGCCUUAGGUCUAGUCUUGCUGUUGUGUGUGUCUAUCUUUCCCACCUCUAGGAACUUUGCUUUAGAAUCUUUUUCAUGUUUUAUGUGUUGGUUUGGGACGUUUUCUUUGUGAAAUUACCUGUGUAAGUGUGAGUGAAAGUGUGUAUUGCGUGUUCCACGUGCUAGGGAAGCGUAGGCUGUGAGCAGAUUUGCUUUGUUGUUUUUUUUUUUUUAUAUUUUCCCGUCUCCAGCUCUACGGGUCUGGGGGUGUGUACAGUUCGUCCCCCCAGUAAGGGUCUAGUUUCUGUGUCUUGCCUUUGUUCUUUUUUGUGUCUUUUCACGCUCGUUUCCGCCCUCUGUCUUUUCUCUACUGCUUUUUUUUUCUUCUCUGUAGGUAUCUUUUCUUGGUUUGUGUUUUAAGAAAAAGAAAACACGCCUUAGUCUUUAGUAUUGCUAGAGUGUUUGAAAAGCAUUUUACCUUUAACAAUAUUUUGUUUAAGUGUAAUUUCAUGUGAAUGCUAUUGUCAGGUUCAGACUUAGCAUUAUGUUGUUUUAGUUAGUAACGUUUGCUGAGAAUUUGUGUUGAAAUAUUAUCAGCAAUAAGUAUUGCUUGACUUAAAUUUUAUGUUUGCAGAUUGCAAAGUUAAUAUUUUUUUCUCUCUGAUUAUUGGUGAUUAUUUUGAUCUUGCUUGUAUUGUUUUGUAGUUGUAUUUCUCUUUAAAUUUACCUUGAAAAUUGAUUAUGUAGCUGAGUUGACAUAUCUCACUAGAGAUAUUGGUGGAUUCUUGUGAAUUAGUGAGAUUAGUGGAUUUUUGAUGUUGAGAUAUGAGAACUGAUUUGAAAAUCUUGUGUGAAAACUUUAACUGGAAUUUGAAGAAGGUUUGAUAACUUGUUAUGAAGCACUGAUGCAUUAAGUAGGAAAAGUAGAGACCCGAGCUUUCAUGGAUGUUAUGCUGUGUGAUAUGUCACUAUGCACACGUGAUAUUUAGAAAUACUAAGUUGUGGGAGCAAAGCAUUGCACCUUAUACGUCAUAAGAUAUUGAUGUUCAAUAACAAGCGAAGUUGAUCUUGUUGUAAUUGAGGGAUUAUUCACCCUUUGUUUAUUGAUUGUGAUAGCCACUUCAGUGUUGUUAUAGUUUGAAGAUUGUGAUCCUUUCUUUAGUCGGAAUUGUGCUAUUGUGCAACCCUAUUGAUAAUCCGCUUGUUAGGAUUAGUUUGUUUUUGGAAAUUUGCACUUCAGCGUUAAUACAGAAAAUGGAAAGACUCCCAAGAUUAGAAAGAGAGAGAAUAGAAGACAGAUUAGACAGAGAGGCUGAAAUAGCAAGACUUGAAGAAUACAUCCAUGAACUUCCCAUGUUCCAGGAAGACAGAGAUGAUAUAGAUGCUUAUAUUGGUAGGUUUGAGGCACAUGCCCGAGUAUUAAAGUGGUCGGCAGAGAUAUGUUCCCUGAACUUGGCUCUUAAGUUGCAAGGCCGAGCCUUGAAUGUUUACCAUACAUUGGGUCUCCAAGGAGACACCAGUUAUGAGACGUUGAAGAAAGCACUGCUACUGAAUUUUAAUCGUCCAAGCGAAGAAUAUCGAGAAAAGUUUAGAUCGAUACGACCUCAGCCUAAAGAAUCCAUGACGGACUUCUUAAGAAGAAUGUCCCAUUUAGCGGACAAAUGGAUUAACUGCUCCGAAAUACCUCAGGAUUAUCAGCACCUUAGAGAUCUGUUGCUGAAAGAACAAUAUUAUCAAAGUGUCUGUACAGAUUUAUCCAUCUACCUACGAGAGAGGGACUCAUCCACAGUUGACGCUUUGGCCGAGUAUGCUGAGCACUACCGGACUGUACAUUCAAACAAGUGCCUGGCAAGGAGGACAGAGACCUCCAGAUUCGCAAACGUGACCUGCGAUUCUCAACCAUCAUCUACGCCGUCACAGAGAAAUAGAUGUCCGACAACAUCCCGUAAGAGACAGGGCUACAUGAAGGCUUCUUCCUACAGAGAGAGUGGAAAAGACAAGCUAUCCCCUAGAUUCUUUUCAACACACCGGUUGAGGGAUGAUCCGAACCAUCAAGCACCUCAGACUUCCUGGAGGCAAUGCUACAACUGCAAACAAUAUGGUCACAUUGCCCGGAACUGUCUUUACCAGAGGGCCCAAUACCUAGGACCCAAUAGAGUGAUACUGAGAAGGAAGAACCAGAAAGAAGCAACAUCUUCUGGCGAUCGGCUUCGAUGGACAUCACAGCGCCAAUGUUACACCUGUGAAGGAUUUGGGCACAUCGCCAAGAAGUGUCCUAACCAUAAACACGAAGAUCCCACGAGUGGAAAUGAGAAAAGAGACAGCGAAGACACUAAGAAUGAAAUGCUUGAAGUCGCUAAGAUUCAAAGUGAGAUGACACAACUAAAACAACAAUCAGUGCAGAGAGAAUCUGAUUUUCAGGAGGUUCAUGAUGAACUGAAUAACAGAAUCAAUGACCUACAGAAAGCAGUAGCAGAAAUUAGAGACUCGAAGGAACUUGAGAAAAGUCUGACCAAAGAUCUUGAGAGUAUCAUUACAAGAGUGAAAUCUCUGGAAGAAAACUUAGAAGCAGAAAGAGCUGCUCAUCUUGAAACUAAACUUACCUCAGAAAAUGUCCAGCUGCGUCUUAGAAACCUGGAGAAAACAAUCGAAGCGGAGAAAUCAGCUAACAAGAAUGAUGGGGAAGAGAAAGAUUUGAUAAAACAAGUGAGGGAACUUGAACAGACGUACGAUGAGAGAAAAGCAAUGAAAGUGUAUCUUAGAAGACAAAUUGGAAAAAGGAAGGAGGAAAAGAAGAAACCAGUCACAAUUAUCUUAUUUAAGUUGAAUCAGAAGAACUUAAUUAAGCGAGGAAAAGUCAAGAAAAAAUGGACAUUUAUAGAGGACUGCUGUGAGACAGCGUACAAACAAUUAGAAUACCAAUUCCCAGUGGAAUCUCUAAAGGGCACUCAGAAUCAACUGGCCGAUUUUCUGUCGCGAUCAGAAAUCGAUCAACAGAUCACAUAAAGCAAAAGAGUUGUGUAGCUAGAAGAGAAUUUCAGUUGUAAAGUCAUUGAACAGAUUAGUAUUGUAUUUUUCAUUGAAAAUGUAUUUUUCUUGUAAUGACUGAUUGUUCAGAAAAGAUGUUAUGGUAGUUGCUGCAGACGUCAUUGUACGGAAGCAAUUAAAGGGACAGACACUAGAAUAGCAGACGCUCUAUCACGGGCGGGAAUGGAUCAACUAAUACCUUGAAAACUACUGCUUUAUGAACAUUGCUGUUGUGUUUUUUUGUUUUGUUUUUUGAUGAAAGAGGUAUCUUAUUUAUCUUCAUGAUAAGAAAUGUAAAUAAUUUUGUGAAAUGUGAAUAAUGAUUGUACUUGUGGUACUAAGAACAGACUUAUGUAUGUAAAAGGAAAGCGAAAGCUUGAUUUUUCUAUGCGAGACACAUUGUGUUUAACUUGAGCCUAAAUGAAUGUUAUUAUAGUAACUUAGAAAAAAUGUUUUGUAACAUUUUUUUUAUUUAGGGGAGGGAGGUAUGUCACGGACCAGUCCGUGCCUCCUGUGUGUGUUUUUUUUGAAGCGUGUGACAGUGCUCGGGGGAGGUGUAAUUCCCGUGCCUCACGUGGCUCGCGUGGCUAGGAGUGAGUAGUGUUCACCGCACGUUUUGGCGGGGUGAACUGUUUUUGAGAUUCCCAACGCCACCGCCUAGACGGUCGGUUGUACUGAAUGUCUGGAUUAUAGAACCGGGGAAUCUGAGAAUUUAAGUUCCUUGCCUAGACAAGGAACUUCGAGAGGAGACCCACUAAAAAGGAUAACGAACUUCGAGAGGGGACCCACUAAAGUGGACAAGGUUUUCAAGAGAAGACCCUAACAGCGGCAAGGUCCAAGAGCCUUCCUAUGCCUACUCCAUUUUGAGUCUGACGUCCAGAGCGGAGUGCAGUCCGUCGACGUCUUGGAGUGAUAUUCCGGGACCCAGUGUUCGGAAUUCGUAGCAGCUUGGAGUGUUUAUUGUGAUAUUCCGGGACCCAGUGUUCGGAAUACGUAGCAGCGUGGAGUGUGUAUUUCUGGUGUAGCAUUGUGUGAGCGCCAGAUACGGAUAUUCUGGAGGAAUACGCAGCAGCGUGGAAUGUGUAUUAGUGUGUUGCGGGAGUGUGUCGGUGUACCUGCACGCUCACCGUGGACGGACUGAGUGUUCCUGACGCCGAGAUACGUCGGACAUUUUGAUGCUUACUGAAGUGACUCUGGCAGACGGUAACGUAAGUGUAUUUAUAUUCUUUAUCAGGGAGACCUUUGUACUCUGGACAAGGUUCCAGAUUGGUGCUCCGACCUCCAUUAUCGGACUGAUUAGUUACCAAUGUAUUAUUGAUGUUUUGACGAGUGAGAGGUAGAGUUGUGUAUUUUAUGUUUGUGUGUAUAUUAAACAGACGUCCCAACCUGGAA